AUGGAACCAGAGCCCAGACCCCAGCGUCGCGUCCGUCGCCAACGCCAGCCCCAACAACAAAACGGCAGUCCGCUCGGUGGACUUCCGGGCGUUGGUGGCGUCGACCAGGCCGGCCAGCUCGUGCAGAACACAGCCGGGAAUGCCCUGAACGGGGUGACUGGUAGUGCGGGCAAGGCCGUUGGCGGGAUCCUCGGUGGCGGAGAGAAAAAAGAGGAAGAAGAUGGUGGUCGGGAUGAGCAGCUUCGUUUACGGUUGGACUUGAAUCUGGAUAUUGAGGUUCAACUUAAGGCGAAGAUUCAUGGUGAUUUGACGAUUGGUUUGCUUAAUUAA